CAGUCGUAUUGAUGCCAACAACGGUGGAGAUUCAAGAUUCUUUGAUUGAUUGUGAACUAAACGACUGUCGUUUUCCAAACACGUAUUUAUGGGCCCCACUUUAAAAGCAUUCCCGCUAAAUCUACACCGUCCACGUAGCGAUCAUGAUAUUGAUGCAAAUGAUUCAAUUUUAACGGAAAGAUGACGGAGUGAUCUUUCCACCACCGUAACUAAUCUUAACAAUUCAUGGCGAGUCUCUGUCUCUCAUCGUCCCGGAUCGUUUCUCUUCACCACCAGAAACCCUUUCUCGCUCUUAAACUCCGGCCUCGUCCUUCAAAUAUCUCCGGUCUAGGUCACAGUACUAGUGUUGUUUGCUUCAAUCCGUUAAGGUAUAGUGACACAGAAACACCCGAUUCAUAAAUUCUCAAUCAGUGGAUUUUGGCUUUUUCUAAAUGAAUGUUGGUUGGUAGGUUAUCGGCUGAUCGUCAGCGAACCGCUACGGUGUCGGCGAGGGCUGAGAAGCGGCGAAAGAGAGGAUCGAGUGUGGUCUGUUAUGCUACUCCAAUGUUGUCUGUUCAUAAUCUACAAUGGAUCUCGACAAUUUCUUGCGUUGCAUUGAUGUUUGCAAGGGGUACUGGUAUCCAUAAGUCCUUUGUUGUUCCACUAUUCGCACUACAAGCACCAAUGGGCAUUGUCUCCUGGAUGAAGGGUGAAUAUGGCAUCUGGGCAGCAUUCUUGGCGCUUCUUACUCGACUGUUCUUCUCUUUUCCAGUUGAACUUGAGCUGCCCUUCAUUGCUUUGCUUUUGGUGAUUGUGGCGCCAUAUCAAGUUAUGAGCAUAAGAGGGAAACAGGAAGGUGCUAUCCUUUCUUUAGCAAUCUCUUGUUUUCUGGCUUUCCAGCAUUUCUCAAGAGCAGGCACCUUGCAGAAAGCAUUUGAUCAGAAUUCAGUUCUUGCCACUGUAGCCAUAAUUGGUGUCACAGUUGUAUCGUUCCUUUUCUUGAUAUAAAUAUGCUCCUGACAAAAGGACUCAUCUGUAAAUCACUGUAACAAAGUGUAUACAGAGACUAGAAAUAAUGUGCUGUAUUAUUUACUCGAUUUCAAUACUCAAUUCAACGUGCUUGC